UAGGAUUGCUGCCCGCCUACUUGGUCGCAUGCGCAAGUGUUGUUUACAGGAGUGUCACGUUUUCCUCGUACAACAAACUCAUUUUUUACACAAAAAAGUGUUCAAUCAUGGAGGAUUCUGUUGAGGUUAUCAUUCAGGAUAAAAGUUGCAAACUCUACCAUCAUGCUCACGACAAACCAGUUUUCACAGCUGCCUCUGGAGCUUUGCUUAUGGGUUUUUAUGGGCUCUGGACAGUAUUUGCACUUCCCGGCUUUCGGAAAGUACCAAUAUGUCUCAAGGUGCCAUAUUUACCCUCCAGUAGAACCCAGACCCAGAAUGUAAUGAAACACCUGCAUGGGAGAGCAGGAUGUCUGGCAGAUCUGGGCUCUGGUGAUGGAAGACUGGUGUUUGCUGCUACUGCAGUGGGUUUCGAGUGCACUGGUUUUGAAAUCAAUUCGGUCCUAACUGGAUAUGCCAGGGUCAAGGCACUGUGGAGAGGAAUACCAGGCACCUCUGCCAGUUUUAUAAACCAGGACUUUUGGAAGACCGAUUUGUCCAAAUAUAACAAUGUGACUGUUUUCUUGGCACCCGGAGUGAUGGAGGUGCUGGGUAGAAAACUGGAGACGGAGUUACCGGAUGAGGCUCGUGUAAUUGCCUGUCGCUUCCCAUUUCCGGACUGGAUACCUACAGCCACAGAGGGUGAGGGAUUAGAUCAGACCUGGGCAUAUGAUAUGAACGUCAUACGAAAGCUUUCAUCACAAGCUGCCGCUAAAUGAAAGAUUUAUCAUUUUGAGACGUUUCUAUCCAUAGUGCCUAUCAAUAUAAAUUUGUUAAUUUCCAUGGGAAUUGUACCCAUUAUCAGCUGUUGCAUGCACUUUGCUCUACCAUCCGAGCUAUAUAACACUGCUAUUUUGCUCACAAUACGUUUUUCCUUGCACUGAUUAACUAGUCAAUUAAUAUAACAUGUAGUUACAUAUAUUGUGCAUAUGACUGCUUGUCUAUAUUGUAACAAAACUAAACUGUGAAAUAAAGAGACUUUUAUUUUGUCUAUGA